AUGGAGUCCUCAGGGGAUAAUCCUGCCAGUAAUCCACAGGAGCCAGCUCCUGAUGAAGAUUUUGGCACUCUGAAAUACCAGCUACUCGGGCCCUCUUUAACCAAAGCGGGCCAAGACUCGGUCGAUCAGCAAAAGGUAUCAGAGAUUAUCUACAAUGCCUCCAAGGGAUCUAAGUUCUUCAAUCAUGAACAGGAUCGGGAUCGGAACCUGACACUGAAAAUCGAACGAAUUUUAAAAGAAAAGGCACGGCUAGAUCGUCUAGACUUGAGCAGUGAGCUACGACGUGCCGAUGAAUACCUUGCUGAACUAGAAAUAAGCCGCGAUCUUUCUCAAUAUGUCAUUCACGUGGAUUGUGAUGCGUUCUUUGCCGCCGUCGAGGAGCUGGACCGGCCAGAGUUGAAGACAGUGCCUAUGGCGGUAGGCAAAGGAGUCUUGACAACCUGCAAUUAUCUGGCGAGGAAGUUUGGAGUCAGAAGUGGGAUGGCCUCGUUUGUCGCGAAAAAGCUCUGCCCACAGCUGGUUCUUUUGCCGCAGAACUACGACAAAUAUACCUCCAAGGCCAAGGAAAUCCGCACUAUCCUGGCCGAAUACGACCCUCUUUUCGAGAGUGCGAGUAUAGACGAAGCCUAUUUGAAUAUCACACCAUACUGCGAUGAAAAUAACUUGCCACCUGAUGAGGUUGUUCAGCGGAUGCGUGCAGAGAUCUUGGAAACUACCAAGGUGUCUGUUUCAGCCGGAAUUGGUGCGAAUGCGAAGAUCGCAAAGAUUGCCUCCAAUCUCAACAAGCCCAAUGGGCAAUUUCAAGUGCCCAAUGAACGCGACGCAAUCAUGGAAUUCAUGCGUGACCUCUCGGUUCGCAAAGUCAAUGGCAUUGGCCGAGUAUUCGAGCGAGAGCUGGAAUCAAUAGGCGUCAAAAAUUGUGGUGAUAUCUUCCCACAUCGUGCGUUAUUGACCAAGCUAUUUGGUGAGAAGGCUUUCCAAUUCCUUGCUCAGUGCUACCUCGGUCUUGGGCGGACCAAAAUUGAACCCGUCGAGACCCACGAACGUAAAAGCGUCAGUACAGAGACUACGUUUCAUGACAUCGGAGACAAAGAGGAACUUCGAGCGAAGCUCUGGUGGGCUGCGCAGGAGCUCGAAAAGGAUCUGGCGCGAACUCAGUUCAAAGGCCGCACGCUUGCCUUGAAAGUCAAACUGCAUACCUUCGAAGUGCUCACGCGCCAGACAGCUCCAUCUCGUCCCGUCUCCCUGGCAAAAGACUUGUAUUCCUUUGCUUUGCCCAUGCUAGCCAAGCUUGAGAAGGAUAUUCCGAACAUAAAGCUACGGCUUCUCGGUCUUCGCUGCUCAAAUCUAGUCAGCACUCAGAAGGUUGGGCUUAACUUUUUCGGCAUAGCGACACAACCAAAAUCUACCACUGCACCUGCUUCGGAGCCCCCUAUAUCGGCCUCUGGUAUAAAUGCAGAUCACGAGAUUUGUGCCGAGGAGGCUUUCGAGGCAGCCGCUCGGCAGGAAAUUCAGGAUGAGAUGAAUGAUCUCGAGCAGCUGAGUCAAGAAAUACCCGACGGUUCUGUUUCCCGUGAGCCAGAGAGCUCUGCGGCCCCAGAGGUGGUUGAAACACCCCCGAUGUGGGAUUGCCCCAUAUGUACACGGCCACAGGUUGCGGAUGAUCGCACAUUCAACGAGCAUGUGGACUUCUGUCUCUCUAGACAGACAAUCCGCGAAGUGGCGCAGGACACCGAAGAAACAUCCUUGAUACCCCACAAUUCCAGAAAAAGGAAGAUGCCAUCGCAGGCUGAUAUUCCUGAAAUGGACCCAAAACAGAGGCGUCUUUUUUUUCAAUGA